AUGUCUACCUCUGUGGUAAAAGAAGAAAGACAGAAGAGACGGACUCUGGUCCUGAGGCCCUCUUCUCGAACAAUAAACCUUUCAGUAUCAGGCACACAUGGAGUCAACCAAAGUACGAGAUACACGAGCAGCGUCGUCGGCUCCCCGAGCAGGAAAAGUUUGAGCCUGGCCGGUGGCAGCAAGGUUCUGGAGAGGGGCGCCAUUCAGACUCCGCGACAAGCUGUGCGGGUGCUCGAUGAGGACGACAAUGACGUCACUCCUCAGCCGCUGUACCAGGAAGAUCCAGCAGCUGUGCAGGUCCGAGCCAGCAGGCUGUUUCUGGACGAAAUCUCUGCUGGAUCAGCGUCAGACCAGGCAUCAGCCACCGGGAGCUUCACGAUGCCUUUCUCCAGGUCAGUAUUAGGAAGCAGCAGAAUCUCCAGCCAGUCUACCAUGGAAUCAAUGAAUGAGGAGAUCGAGGAUACAUUUUCCAAACGAGACCUGCCCAACUUCCCAGAUUUGCAGGGGAAAAGAGACACUGUGAAAGAAUGUGUGACAGAAGAUAUGUUGAAUGAGGUCAUAGAUGUCUACAUCUCUGAGACAGACAGCAUUUCACUCCUGGACAUACCCAGUACCUUUGUGUCAGUGGAUGCUGAUGAUGCAGAAGCUGUCAUAGAGAGAAAUAAUCAGUGUGCUGAGGUGUGCAAGAACAGAGUGGGCAAUGAUAAGUACGUGGAUCGAUCAAUGCAGACAUCGAAUGGAGCAGCUAAAAAUAAACAGGUCCAGAGCGACUGUGUGGUUACAGUGGACAAAGCCACGACAGUUACCACCUGGGACAUGUAUGACACUUUGAUCAGCCCCGAGCAGGAUGGAACAGUGUGUGGCCAUGAACCAGAGAUGGCUGACUAUCCAGAGGCUGUUAUGGAUACCAGCAGAGGUGCAGAAAGGAGUGUGUCGUUGGGCAGCACCGCCAGUACAGCUAGUGCUGCUAGCUCACUGAAAGAAGUGGAAGCAUUUGGGAACAGUUUAAACACUGAGUCGGAGCUGCAGCUGAUCAUGCUGUCAGAGAAAUUCCAACACUUAUUACAAGUGAUGGAGAGGAGCAUACUGCGGAACACCUUCCAACCCAAGCUGGCUGCCUACAAACUGCUGCCCGUACUCAGAGACCCAGACAGUCCGGCGAAACCUGGGAUGGUGGAGCAGAUGGAGGAGGAGACAGAGGGCCCUCGACCUCCAGCUGUGGAGCGUCUCUGGGCUUUCAGCUGUGAGCUCAGCCGAGGACGCAGCGUCAGCAGCGUGGCCUGGAACAAGACGAACCCGGACCUCCUGGCUGUGGGCUACGAUGAGCUUGACUCCGAUAACCAGAAACCAGGCCUGGUUUGCUGCUGGUCUGUCAAAAACCCCAUGUGGCCUGAGCGUGUCAUCCACUGCGACAGCGCUGUCACUUCCCUGGAUUUCUCAUCCAACAACCCCAGUCAGCUGGCUGUGGGGAUGCAAGAUGGCAGUAUUGCUAUCUACAAUGUGCAGAGUCAUGACAACAAGUCAUGUGUCAUCAGCAGCAGUGAAUGUCCCAACAAACACUUGGGUCCAGUGUGGCAGCUCAGGUGGAUCCAACAGGAGUUGAGCUUAACAGGAGAGGAGAGGGUAGAAGCUCUCUUUUCUGUGGCUGCAGAUGGCAGAAUCAGCAAGUGGUUUGUCUGCAACAAUGGCCUCGACUGCAUAGACCUGAUGAAGCUCAAGAAGAUUCGGAAUCCAAAGAAGAAGGCUGGAGGGAACAAGACAGAAAACAAGACAGACAGUGUUUUGUCAGCACUGACUCCUGGACUGUGUCUCGACUUCCAUCCCACAGUGAGUUGUAUCUACGUGGUUGGAACGUGGGAGGGUCUUAUCCACAAGUGCUCUUGUUCCAACAGUCAGCAUUUUCUGGAUACUUACAGGAAACACUUUGGUCCUGUGAACUGCAUCGCAUGGUGUCCGCUCAGUCCUGAUGUGUUCCUGAGCUGCUCCUCUGACUGGACCAUCCAGCUGUGGAAGCAGGACCACCUCUACCCCUUGUUGGGCUUCAGUUCCACCCAGAGAGCCGUGUGCGACAUCAAGUGGUCCCCGAAGUGGGCCACAGUAUUCGGAGCCGUUAACGAGGCUCAGCUGGAGAUCUGGGACCUGAAUUCCAGCAUCUUGGACCCAAUCAUUGUGCAGCCCGCUGCCCCCGGUGUGAAGAUGAAGUCCUUGCUGUUUGCCACACAGACAGACUGUGUCCUGGUAGGAGACAAUGAUGGACAAGUGACCGUCUACCAGCUGAAGAACCUCAAUGUGGGAGAGAGCAGCCAGGUGGAUAUUCUGGAAGGCAUCAUCCACUCUGCAGCUUCCAGAUAGCUUUAAGAAACACACACAGACAACUCAGACUCAAACUAUCUGGGUUUCUGUGUGCAAAAGAUGGAUCAGCACAAAGAAAAAAAG